AUGGCGGGCAAACGAGAGCUUGUGCUAGGUAUCUGUGCCCCGGGAAUUGUUGAGGUUCCGCCUGAUAAACCUCCAUCUAGACCUGUUGCAUAUGAGAUUGAUACAUCGGAUCAUUUUUACACUGAAAUGGCAACCCCUGACCGAGAUGAGUUGAUUAGAUGGGCUCGGGAGAUUGCCUUAAAGCUAAAGUUUGCAAUUGUAAUUGGCAAAUCCGACAACGGCAGCGAUAAGAGGAAGCAAUAUUUCAGGUUGGAUUGCGAGCGGGGAGGCCGGUACGUGUCAACAAAUAAGAAGCUAAAAUCUGAUCAAACCGGCACGAGGAAAUGCGGCUGUCCAUUUCGACUCUGUGGUUAUUGUCAUGCCGAUAAAACAUGGCAUUUGACCGUUGUAAACGGAAAACAUAACCACGAGUUGGACAAGGCAGUUGAAGGCCAUCUCAUUGUCGGUCGUCUCAAACCGAAAGAAAGGCAAUGUAUGGAGGAAAUGUAA